AUGGGUUGGAACAGUGUUGUUCGAUUGGUCCGCCACGAGAUCGAUGGUGCCUAUUUAGGUUCCUUUGCCUGCAGGCAGGUGCGAGUUGAUGACGAUUACGGAUGGUUAGAGAAGUUCCUAAUCGAGGUCAAACUCCUAACCAAACUCUCUCACUCCAACCUUGUCUUGUAUCGCCACGCAUGGUUGGAGGAUUCCAACUUUGAUCCGAUUAAUUUGAACUUUCAUCCGAUUAAUCCUUCAUCCGUGACUUGUGUAUUCAUCCUCCAGCAAUACUGCAAUGUCGGCGACUUGCAGCAGUAUGUAAUGAGUGGACUCUCCACAGAGAUGAUGAAGGAGCAGUUCAUGGCUCAAUUAGGCCAGCCCGCCGAACGCGCGCUGUUCGAAUAUCAGCGUUCAACCCUGGCGCCCCCGCGCAGACUCCCGCCCGACGAAAUUUGCUCCCUAUUCAAGGAUAUCGCGUCUGGUCUGGCGUAUCUGCACAGCUUGAAUUACAUCCACCGCGACUUGAAUUCUAGUCACUGUCUUCUAAACCGUGAAGGGGGGAAACUCACUUGCCUGAUUACCAACUUUGGCAAAGUCCACCGAAAGAGCGCCAUCGAAGACCUAACCGGGGCUCCGCGCACCAUCUCCUAUUACGCCCCUGAGCUUCUAACACAGGAUGCUAGCCCUCAAUUUGGUAACCCGACCACGAGUUCAAAUAUAUUCUCCCUGGGCUUGGUUCUUUACUAUUUGUGUUUCAAUCGCCUGCCUUACAGGAAUACCGAGUACGUGGGGAAUGGUAGAUUCAAAGAAAGGAACGAGCUCCGCGCCGAAAUUAUACGCUGGAAGGGCUUCCAGGACGAGAACAGGGAGCGGCCGGACUUGCCAGAAAAACUCUAUCAACUCCUCAAGCGGACGCUAGCUGUUGAUCCCGCGGAGCGACCUACCGCGGCAGAAGUACUCAGUACCAUGGGCCCAGAGUCUAGUAGCCGGCGGAAGGAAUCGAAGAAAGGCAACACCAUGUUGUACACCCCAUCCUCGCCAGCCGAUGUCGAUGAGGGAUCCGAUAAAUUUCCCAACAACGAUCGGCCUGGCGCCGCGUUCUAG